CACGUGAGCAAAUUUUGGGUGAAGAAGCCAGAAGCAAGGUUCCGCGUGAAUUUCAAACACAAUAUCCACAUUAUGCCAAUCCACCAACGUUAUUAAUGCCGCUUGAAGCUUUUCUUGAUCGGUUGGAUAAUGGAAAUAAAUUUCAAAAUAGAAUUAAUG